AUGGAGUCGCACCUAUAUGAGGGAAUCCAGCCUGCUGACUUCUACGACAAGCUUGAGAACGUGCUUGCAACCCAGAAGUCUGCCUUCAAGGUCAACAUCGCUCUUGGAUACAAGCUUGUCAGCAGAACCGAUGACAGCGAGACUCGCUACUUCCACCCCAAUAUUAGCAACACAUCUGUAUUUAGCACUCCUGUGGCUAUCAACAGCAAGGCUGAUAUUCGUAAGAAGGUGAUCUCGGAGAUUCGCUCCAUGGAGUUGGCUGACAAGCUCAACUACCCCAGAUCCAGGUACAUGGUGAAGGGUAUUACUGGCUUCAAAAUCUAUAUCUACCAGCGCGACCAUGCGCUGGGCGAUAGUGAGGCUGUCAUUCCUAAGGUGAUCCGCGAUAACAAGCACGUCAUCAACUUCCCCAAGACGAAUAACAAGCGUGUCUUCCACUGCAUUGCUUAUCACAAGCAGGAGGGAGCCAAGAAGGAUCCUCGCAGAAUCCAGGCUCUGGUGAAACAAGCCUUCAAGCAGUACUGUUCGUACAAGGAGAUCACCUACACUCUGGCUAUCGACAUUCUCCAAUUCGAUGAGCUUGAGGAGUGCUUCAAACUGAACAUCAACGUCUUCAACAUGGAUGUUGAGACGGGCAAGGUUGAAUGCAUUCGCUGCUCGGACAAGGACUAUGAUUCGAUCAACAUCCUGUCGCACGAGAAUCACGCUCUCUACAUCACGAACGUUGGUAUGCUCCAGCAGAAGUACCAAUGCUCUAUGUGUGAGAUGGUGUUUGUUAGCUCUGAUAAGCUACGCAACCACACUAAGAACCAAUGCGAACUCGUGAACAUCGAAUCGUUCCCAGCUCAGCCAACCAUCUACCAACCCGCUCCGAACAGCAUUUGUUCCAUGCUGACUAAGUACUCCAUCAAGGAUGCUGACCAUUACAUCGAUCACUUCAUUGUCUAUGAUUUUGAGGCUAUCCUCAAGCCUACGGGUGUCAAAAACGAAGAGAAUACUAUCUUCACAAACGAACACAUUCCUGUGUCUGUUUCCGUGGCCGACAGCUUGACUGAGGAGGUGCGAUGCUUUGUCAGCGAUGACCCGAAGGAGUUGCUCAAGGAUAUGUUCCAGUACAUCAAGGAAGUUGCGGCUAAGAUUCAGCAGUACAACGUCUCGAAGUAUGAGUCUUUGCUCCGCAAAAUCAUCAACGUCCAUGGUUUGAUUGACGCUGAGGUUCCUGGUCUAGACUUGGUCAUCAAGAACCCUAGCUACAUGUGCAUCGCCACGUCAGACAUGAAAAUGCUUGACAUUAGCAACUAUGUUCCGGCAGGCAGCAGCUAUGCAAAGUACUUGUCGACAUAUCUCGGUGAGUACAAGUGUGAUGACAAGAUUCGAUGCGUCUGUGGCCUAGGAAAAGGCAUCUUCCCGUACGAGUACAUUACUUCAUUUGACGUACUCAGUCAGCCGGAAGUCCCUCCUAAGUCGGCGUUCGACAGUGCUCUUCGUAGCACUAGCAUCAGCGAUGAGGACUAUGUGCGGGUACACUUCGUCUGGGAACACUAUGGCAUGAAGUCAAUCAAGGAUCUACUCAUUUGGUACAACAACCUCGAUGUAGUACCCUUCAUCAAGGCCAUCAAAGCCCAGCGAGAACUAUUCAAACGUUUCGAACUUGAUAUGUUCACUGAUGCUGAUACUGCCUCGGCUGACCGAAUCAAUAACAAGCUCGGACCCAUCGAUGGUAAUAUCUUGAUCAGCUGUGUGGGAUGCAACGUUGCUCGCAAGAACAUGUCGCUAAAGGGCUUCCGCCACAAGAAGCUACUUGAAUUCAACUCAGACAGAGAGGAGAAGGACAUCAACACCAAGAUGAAGGCGAACAUUGCUGGUGGUCCUUCUAUCAUCUUCAACAGAUACGCGAAACGCAACGAGACCAAGAUUCGAGGGGGGAUCGUCGAUGAUAUUGUAAAUGACAAGAUCUUUGGCUUCCUCGAGUGUGAUAUCCGUACACCAGAGCACCUCAAACCCUACUUCAGUGAAAUGACCCCAAUUUUCAAGAACACCCUUAUCGACCGCAGCGAUCGGAGUGUCAUCGGUCAGCACAUGUUCGAGUACAACGAGGAGCGCAAGCAAAGCCGAGCAAAGCCACCUCGCAAACUCAUCGGGAGCUACUUUGGUGAGAAGAUCCUCAUUUAUGCACCGCUACUCAAAUGGUGCAUUUCUCAUGGUAUGGAGAUCACCAAGACUUACAGCUUCAUCAAGGCUAGCUCCCACAAGGCAUUUGUACCAUUCAUGGAAGCCGUAUCGAGCGCGCGACGAGAGGGUGAUGAAAAUGUUAAAUCCAUCUGUAAGAUCAUUAUUGAGAAGUCCAAGAGUUGA